CCCCGCUCCCGUUCUCCAGCCGCAUUUAGAUCCUCAUGGCCUCAGCCGGGGGCUUGACUCGCCGGAGAGGUGGCGGUCGAGUCGCUGGCGCCGAAGACAACGACGACAGCAGAGUCUCUUCGCCCGUGUCGAGAAAUGGUUCGUCGCUGGAUAACCGCAUCCCCGAGACCUCGUUCACCAGCUCCGAAAACGGUCACAAAAUCGCCUUCGAUCCUAGGGACAUCAGUGAGACGGAGGAACGCAGCAAGCAGCCCAAGUUGACGUUGAUGGAAGAGGUGCUUCUGCUGGGGUUGAAGGAUAAGCAGGGUUAUCUGUCUUUUUGGAACGAGAACAUCUCAUACGCUCUCCGAGGAUGCAUCGUGAUCGAGUUAGCGCUCCGUGGUCGGAUCAGCAUGCAGAAGGACUCCUCUCGGCGACGUUUCCCUUUGGCCGAUCGGGUGAUUGAGGUGGUCGACGAUACGCUAACUGGGGAGGUCUUGCUGGACGAGGCGCUGAAGAUAAUGAAGUCGAGUGAGAAGAUGAGCGUGAACUCCUGGAUCGAUUUGUUGAGCGGUGAAACAUGGAAUCUGAUGAAGAUUGGCUACCAACUCAAGCAAGUGCGCGAACGCCUCGCCAAGGGUUUGGUAGACAAGGGUAUCCUCCGCACCGAAAAGCGGAACUUCCUCCUCUUCGACAUGGCUACGCAUCCCGUCGCCGAUGGAGGCGCCAAGGACGAUCUCCACCGCCGCGUCCGCAACGUCUGCAGCAGCCGUACAGUGAUCCUCCCAGCCAAUGCAUGGCUUCCUGAAGACGUCGAGUUCCGUUACCUACGAACCAUCACCAUGGUAUGCGCGGCCUAUGCGGCCAACGUGCUGGAGAACGCUCUGGUCACAAUGAGUCACGAGGCCCGCGAAAGGGCAUUCGCGCAGGUGGAUGAGUUGCUUGCUGAAUACUCUCAGUGGCCAUUUGCCCGGAGAGCAGGAGGGUCGCAGGCCAUUGGAGCCAACCUGGCACAGGCUAUCAACGACGAGGUGAACAAAUCUAAAGACCGAGAACUUCAGAUGGAGAUUGUGGCAGCAUGUUUGAGCGUUUUCACUAGACUCGACUCCCUACUGUAAGGGUUUUAUCAUUCUUCGUCAUCUGCUAUAGUCCCCAACCUAGUUUGUCUUUUUUUACUUUCCUAUUAUUUCCCCUUAUGCUAUUGGUUUCUGAAUCAACAAAACAACUACCCCGGGGGAGCUCUACUUGGCUUCAUCUUGAAGUAGUCACCGGUAUACCGGUUGGAACUGGCAGAGUGGCGUUUAUAUGAAAUCCGUCUUGCAUUGUUUUGCA